UGGCGCAGUUGUAGCCGGCGCGUCGAGCAAAUUGCCAAUUUAAAUUGGCCGCGUUAAAUUAGUUGAGUUAUCAGCCUCCACGGCGGCAGGUGUACGGGUAGCGAGUGCGUCGGAUCGAGUCACAGUAGUUAUUUCUCCCAUCUACUGUUGUUAUUCAUACAUAGCUCAUAAGUGUGACUUCUUGGGCAAGCGAAGCGGAAAUUGUAACGUGCUCAAUUACGGAAUUUCGAUGAAAUAUUCAAAAAAAUCAAAAGUUCUUAGCGGAAAUGCUUGCGUAACGGCUCAUGAGCGACUGGCAUGUCCGAAAGUGAAUGAAGAGUAUAGAAAAAUAUAAUAAAUCGAAAAGCUAACCAAUGUGAACUACGAGUACCCAAGCCCAAACGCGUCGUUCUACUUAUCGGUGUCCAUGAAAUUAUAGAGCAAAUUCGAUAAGAAAGUGGUUUCUUUCGCAGUCGCUGCCAGACCCGAGAUCUGUGCUGUCAAAUGUUUUGCUGUACUCCAUCCUCUGAAAAGCUCAACAAAUCAAACAGCCCGCUAUAAAACUAAUCAAAUUAAAAAGCAAUAUAUAUAUAUUCAUAUAGCCAUAUUUAUGUGUGUAAAGUCGGGCUGGCUGUGUGGCUGAUAAGGCGUCAAGUGCUCGCUAAAAUCCAAUAGAUAUUGAAAUCGGUUCGAAUUGAGUGCGAAAAAAGAAUCGGGGAAUUCGCGAGUUACAGCAAUUGCAGCCGAACGCAACAAAUUUACAGCGGGCAAUUAAAAGCGCGGCCGUAAAUCACAAUUCUGGCAACAGUUAUCAAAAGAGGGUUAAGGGCCGUUUGGCGAAUGGCUAACCGUUAUUUGCAGCUACCAAUCACAAUAACAAUAAGAGCAAUAACACCAACAAUAACAAUAACAAUAAUAACAGCAGCAACAAAUGCUGGGCGAUAAAUAUGCUAAAAUAGUAGCUGACAACUAACCACAUAAUAAACAGCACACCACAGCCCACUCCAAGCCAACUAUUUAACUACUCGGCGAGUGUAGCGCCCAACGUGUGAAACUCCCAACACAGCUGACCCUCAGCACCCAACGCCACUUAGCCCGCAAAUAUGGCCUGUUUUCCGCGUCUCUUCCAUCAUCGCAGUAAAAACAAAUUUACGCCCGCCCAAGAUGAGAACACCGACACCAUACUCAACACACAAGAUAGCCCCGUGCAAAUUGGCCUCUACAUACGACGCGAGGAGAAGCCCCUCUACUCACCCAUCAUCACACCCAGCCCGAGUGAAGCGCAACUGCAGCGCCUAAAACAACAGCCCUCCAGCUCCUCCACACAGCCGCUCGAAGCUGUGGCCGAAAAUGUGGUCAACACUAACGUUGCUGAGCUCCAAGAGGCGGCGCAGCAGCAGCCACAGCAACAGACAAAAAAGUUUCUCUCGCACAAGAGCAGACUUCAAGCCGAGUACAGAGAGAAGGAGAAGGACAAGGAAAAGUCCUGGAUGGUCAAUGGAAGUGCAAUUAAUGUCACACGUAACAAUUCAAAAUUAAAACCCGUCAAAGAACGUCGCCCCACAGCUCUGCCCACCGAGGCGCCCAAUGUGGAUGGCGAUGGUGUCCAAAGUGACGUUGAUGAAACCCACACAACGGAGGAGCUGGAGCUGCCACCGGGUGGCAAUGUUGUGGUUGGCAAGUCAAAACUCAAAGGAAGUGUGAAUGGCAUAAUUGAUGAGAGCGGCGACAACAAUGAGCCAGUCCAGCAGCAAACUCAAUCGACAGCCACGUCCUCGAUAUUCACACCAGCACCGCCGACAAAGGCAAAUGUUAAAUUUUUCAUUGGUCAUACACAGGAACUAAAUGCUGAACAGCAUACUGAUGACACUUUGUCCUGUCAUAGCAGUGAUGACAACAACAUCAGCAACAGCAACAGCAACAACUUCAAGCUCGCAAAUGGAACACUGCCACCGGGCCAACAACAUGGACAGCGCCUGGCGGAGUCAUCAGCAUCAGCACAGGUACCCGCAAAGAGCUGCAGUAAUAUGCCCCUCCAUUAUCUAAGAAGAUCCAAAAGCACGAUAGCCACCAACGAGCCGCUCGCCACCACCGGCCAGCGACGGCGAGUGUCCACAAUGCCACAUAUUAACAUACCGCCACCGCCACCUUUGCCUGUGGAGCUUCUAAAACCGGUUACCCCACUGCAUCUGCGUAAGAAACGCAGUGCGGAGACUCCAACAGCUAAGGACCCGCCGCCAGUCGAUGUGCCGGAUGGUGCAGUCACUCAAGAUGAAGUGGGCCAGCGCAAGGAGAGCGACAGAGGCAGCAAGAGCAGCCGCAGCCGCAGCUCAACAACCAAAACACAGCGCGUCGAGGGGGGCCUCAUCUAUGUGCGACCGAAUUUGCCCGUGCAGCAGAAUAUUGAAAUCGAAUUUAAUGCAAAGGACGAAGCUACACGCAAUCUCAUACUCGAAGCCAUCGACCGCAACGAUUUCCUCAAUAAUCUAAUGGACAAGGAGCGCAAGGACAUGGUCAUCAAUGCAAUGGCGCCGGCCAGCUACAAGAAGAACAGUUACAUCAUCAACGAGCACGACGAGGGCUCCGAGUUCUUUGUCUCUGCCGAGGGCUACUACGAUGUGAUACAAGCGGGUCAACACGUCGGAAACUUUGGUCCAGCCACCGUUUUUGGCGAAUUGGCAAUACUCUACAAUGCGCCACGCAAGGCCACCAUUAAGGCUGCCACCGAUGCUCGAGUUUGGAAGAUUACGCGAGAGACAUUUCGUGCCAUUAUGCAAAUCUCUGGCUCUAGAGAGCGCGAGGAGAAUUUGCAGUUUCUCCGCUCAGCUCCAUUUCUGCAGGAGCUCGAGGAGAGUUUACUCAACAAAGUCGUUGAUCUAUUGCAGCGGAAAUUUUAUGAAACUGGCAGCUGCAUUGUGCGUGAGGGCGAGGUGGGCAAUGAGUUCUUCAUCAUACGCGGCGGCACGGUGACCAUCAAGAAGAAGGACGACGCCAAGCAGGAGCAAGUUGUGGCCAAGCGUAAGCGCGGCGACUACUUCGGAGAGCAGGCGCUGAUGAAUGCGGACGUGAGACAGGCGAGUGUCUAUGCAGAUGCGCCUGGCACUGAGGUACUCAAGCUGGAGAGAGAAGCUUUCAUUAGCUACCUGGGCACCAUCAGGCAGCUGAGCGAGAAGCCAAAGGAGCAGACCAGUGAGAAUGGCCGCACGAGCACUAGAAGCACAGAGUUUGAUAACGAACACGCUCACAUCGCCAUUUCGGAUCUGAAGAAGGUGGCUACACUGGGCGCAGGUGCCUUUGGGCGGGUGGAUCUGGUCACCCACAACAAUCAGACAUAUGCGCUGAAGAUCAUUAAGAAGAUCGAAGUAGUCAAGCAGGAUCAAAUCGAACACGUGUACAAUGAGAAGAACGUGAUGAUCAAAUGUCGCGCUUCACCCUUCAUAGUGCAACUCUAUCGCACUUAUCGCAACGAGAAGUAUGUGUACUUUUUGAUGGAAGCUUGCAUGGGCGGCGAUGUGUGGACGGUCAUGUCAAAGCGUCAGUAUUUCGAUGAUAAGACUGCCAAAUUUAUAGCUGGCUGCGUCGUGGAGGCCUUUGACUUUCUGCACGCGCACAACUUCAUCUACAGAGACCUCAAGCCAGAGAACCUAAUGCUCAGCAGCGAUGGCUACUGCAAGCUGGUCGACUUUGGCUUUGCCAAGUAUGUGCGAGCCAAUGAGAAGACCAACACAUUUGCCGGCACGCCCGAGUAUGUGGCCCCUGAGAUUAUAUUGGAUCGCGGACAUGAUCGGUCCGUGGACUACUGGGCACUGGGAAUACUCGUCUACGAGCUGCUGGUGGGCAAGACACCCUUUCGCGGCGUCAAUCAGGUCAAGAUCUACCAGAACAUCCUCAGCGGCAUCGAUGUCAUCCACAUGCCCUCACGCAUACCCAAAUCCGCACAGAAUCUAAUACGACAUCUGUGCAAGCAGCUGCCCGCGGAGCGACUGGGCUACCAGCGGAAGGGCAUUGCGGACAUCAAGCGGCACAGCUGGUUUGAUAGCUUGGACUGGAAUCGACUUAAGCACAAGCAGCUGCCCUCGCCCAUCAAGCGCUCCCUGAAGAGUCUGACAGAUCUGCAAUACUUUAUGCCGCUGGGCGUGGAGACGGACUAUGAGCCGCCCGAAGAGCUGAGCGGCUGGGAUAAGGACUUCUGAAAAGUGCUUCCUUUAGCGAUAUUUUUGUGGUUAAGUAACUUAGCUG